UUUAUAUUCGGUGCGUUAUUGCAAUAUGGCUGCGCCCAUUGAUUUCGACAUUGCAUGUAAACAUUGAUUCUUUUAUAAUAUAAUAUCGGGAUUUCAAUUUUAAAACGUUUACAAAUAAAUAUGGGUAAGAACAACAAGAAAAAAACUCAACCGAUGUUAGGAAGGACCAUUAUUAAAGACAGAUUUCGUGGGAAAAGAAAAGAUGGAAGUAGUCAACAAAAUUAUUUACAUACAACAGAAUUAAAUGAUGGUUAUGAUUGGGGUAGAUUAAAUCUCCAGUCAGUAACAGAACAGAGUAAUCUAGAAGAUUUUUUAACAACAGCUGAAUUAGCUGGUACAGAAUUUACAGCAGAAAAGCUUAAUAUCAAAUUUGUUGAUCCAUCUAGUCAUAUUGGUCUCUUAUCAUCAGAAGAAAAACAAAAGGUUGAUGAAGCUCAGAAAAAACAUAGUAGCCUAUUACAAAUUCCUCGCAGACCAAGAUGGACAGACAGGACAACACCAGAAGAAUUAGACACGUUGGAGAAAGAAGCUUUCUUACAAUGGAGAAAACAGUUAGCUCAAUUACAAGAGAAAGAACAUAUUGUUAUGACUCCGUUUGAAAAAAAUCUGGAUUUUUGGAGACAGUUAUGGAGAGUAAUUGAGAGGAGUGAUAUUAUUGUACAGAUUGUUGAUGGUAGAAAUCCAUUGCUGUUUCGAUGCGGAGAUCUAGAAGACUAUGUAUCAGAGGUUGAUAAGUCAAAGGUCAAUCUUCUCUUAGUAAAUAAAGCUGAUUACUUGUCUACUAAACAAAGGAAAGCGUGGGCUGAUUAUUUUGCACAGCUUGGUGUACGAGUUGCCUUUUGGUCAGCUUUAGAAGAAACAGCUCGUCAAAAUGAGGCUGAGAAAUUACAGAAAGAAGAAGCAAAUAAUGAGAAUAGUUCUGGAGAAACUGAUUCUGAGGAUGAAAAUAAUAUUACACAUGUUGAAUCUUUACAAAUUACAGAUGAACAGGAAAAAAAUAUUACAGAACAGAACUCAAAUAAUAUGUCUGAAAAUUCAAUAGAUAAUGAAGAAGCUAGUGAUGAUAUAAACACACUUAGCUGUGAUAAAACUUGUGUCAAUUCAUCAACAAUUUUAACUGGAGAAGAAUUAUUAGAUUUGUUUCGUUCUUUACAUAGUGGUCCAUAUCAUACAGAUGGAGUACUAACUGUUGGCAUGGUUGGUUAUCCAAAUGUAGGUAAAAGUUCCACUAUCAAUGCUAUUUUAAGAACUAAGAAAGUGCCAGUGUCUGCAACUCCAGGAAGGACCAAACAUUUUCAGACAUUAUUUGUUGAACCUAGCUUAAUGUUAUGUGAUUGUCCAGGAUUAGUUUAUCCAUCAUUUGUAUCAACUAAAGCUGAAUUAGUGGUUAAUGGUAUUUUACCUGUUGAUCAGAUGAGAGAUCAUUUACCACCUGUAAAUCUAAUCUGUGAGAGAAUACAUAGAAAUGUAUUAGAGAUUAUCUAUGGCAUAAAUAUACGGAAACCAGUUGAGGGUGAAGAUCCUGAUAGAAGACCUAAUGCUUACGAGGUCUUAAAUGCUUAUGGAGCUAUGAGAGGUUAUAUGACAUCGAGAGGAGCACCAGAUGGACCCAGAUCUUCACGAUAUAUUAUUAAAGAUUAUAUAAAUGGUAAAUUAUUGUUUUGUCAUCCACCACCUGGUAUAAAAGUAGAAGAGUUCCAGGAAGCACCAGUAAUAAAGAAAUCUUCCCAGAUUAUUCUUCCUAUUACAGAUUCUACUUCAACAGAUAAACAAAACAAGAAACCAGGUCCGAAAACCAGUUCUCUUGAUAAAGAAUUCUUUGCCAAGAUGCAUCCAGUCUCUCAUUUAAAGGGUGUGAAAUGUAUUCGUGUUGCUGGACGACCAGAUCUAUCAACUCCACAUGGCAGUCAACAGUCAUUAAAUCUGGUUGGAGAAAAACCAUGGCGACGACAUCACAAUAAAAAUAAGAAAGAAAAAUUGCGUAGAGUUUAUUCUCAAUUGGAUCAACAUGAUUAUUAUUAGUAGUAUCUCUUGUAUAUAAUGCUAAUAAAUUAUAUAAUACAA